AGCCUGAUAAGCGAAGUGUCUGAGCUCCAGCGAGCUUUUCCCUACCGGCAUCUGUCCCUCACACACUGUCUCUCUCUCUCUCACACUCUGCUCCAGCCUUCUCCAGCCCCUCACCGGCCCACCAUGAGCGGGGACAACGGACACAGGCACCACCAGAUGGACUCUGGAUCUCGGUCUAACGAUUCCCACAAACAUAAAGACAAGCACCGAGACAAAGAGCACAAACACAAAGAGCAUAAAGAGCAUAAGAAAGACAAGGAGCGGGAGAAAUCCAAGCACAGCAACAGUGAUCACAGAGACUCGUCCGAGAAGAAGCACAAAGACCGAGAGAAGGAUAGAGAGAAGGUGAAGCACAGAGAGUCGAGCUCCGACAAACACAAAGAUAAAGAUAAAGAGAAGAGGAGGGAGGAGAAGAUCAAGUCUCCCAGUUCUGAAGGGAAGCAUAAGCGAGAGAAGGAGAACGGUUUCUCCAGCCCUCUUCACAUUAAAACAGAAGAGGACAAUGGCUACUGCUACUCCCCCAAACACGAGAAGCCUCCGAAAAGAGAGAGGGAUGAGGACGAGUCUGAUUACAAACCCAAAAAGAUCAAAACAGAAAACGAGAAGAAGGUGAAGAAGCGGAAGCAGGAGGAGGACUACGACAACUACGGAGAGGAGGAGGACAUCAAACCCAAGAAGAAGCUGAAGGGGAAGAAGGAGGAAGUAGCCGGGGGGAAGAAGAAGGCCAAGAAGGAGCCGGAGGAGAAGUGGAAAUGGUGGGAGGAGGAGAGAUACACAGACGGCUCCAAGUGGAGGUUUCUGGAACAUAAGGGUCCUGUGUUCGCGCCUCCAUACGAACCCCUCCCAGAUAAUGUUAGAUUUUUUUAUGAUGGUAAAGCCAUGAAACUGAGCGAGUCUGCAGAGGAGGUGGCGACGUUCUUCGCUAAGAUGCUGGACCACGAGUACACGACCAAGGACAUCUUCAGGAAGAACUUCUUUAAAGACUGGAGGAAGGAAAUGACCUCGGAGGAGAAGUCAAAAAUCACAGACUUGAACAAGUGUAACUUCAGAGAGAUGAGUGAAUACUUCAAAGCUCAGACUGAGGCUCGCAAACAGAUGACUAAAGAAGAGAAGCUGAAAAUCAAAGAAGAGAACGAGCGAAUCGUGCAGGAGUACGGAUUCUGCCUUAUGGAUAAUCACAAGGAGCGCAUCGGAAACUUCCGUAUUGAGCCGCCUGGGCUUUUCCGAGGCCGAGGAGAUCAUCCAAAGAUGGGCAUGCUGAAGAGACGCAUCCGGCCCGAAGACAUCAUCAUCAACUGCAGCAAAGACUCGAAGCAUCCUAAGCCUCCUCCUGGUACUCGGUGGAAGGAGGUCCGUCAUGAUAAUAAAGUGACCUGGUUGGUGUCGUGGACGGAGAACAUCCAGGGCUCCAUUAAAUACAUCAUGCUGAACCCCAGCUCCAGGAUUAAGGGAGAGAAGGACUGGCAGAAGUACGAGACGGCACGUCAGCUGAAGAAGUGUGUGGAGCGAAUCAGAGCGCAGUACCACGAGGACUGGAAGAGUAAAGAGAUGAGGAUCAGACAGAGAGCCGUCGCUCUCUACUUCAUCGAUAAGCUGGCUCUGAGAGCGGGUAAUGAGAAGGAGGAGGGUGAGACGGCGGAUACGGUGGGCUGCUGCUCUCUCAGAGUGGAGCACAUUAAACUGUACCCUGAGCUGGACGGUCAGGACUACGUGGUGGAGUUCGACUUCCUGGGAAAAGACUCCAUCCGUUACUACAACAAGAUACCUGUGGAGAAGAGGGUGUUUAAGAAUCUGCAGCUGUUUAUGGAGAGUAAGCAGCCUGAGGACGAUCUGUUCGACCGUCUGAAUACAUCGAUUCUGAAUAAGCAUCUCCAGGAGCUGAUGGAAGGACUGACGGCCAAAGUGUUCCGUACCUACAACGCCUCCAUCACCCUACAGCAGCAGCUCAAACAGCUCACCUCCCCUGAAGAAAACGCCCCAGCGAAGAUCCUCUCCUACAACAGAGCUAACAGAGCUGUCGCUAUUCUCUGUAACCACCAGAGGGCGCCACCCAAGACCUUCGAGAAAUCCAUGCAGAACCUGCAGACCAAAAUCGAUGCAAAAAAGCAGCAGCUCUCCGCAGCCAAGAAAGAGCUGAAAUCAGCCAAAGUAGACGCCAAGACAAUGCACGACGAGAAGAGCAGAAAGGCGUUGGAGACUAAGAAGAAGGCGGUGGCGAGGCUGUCUGACCAGCUGAUGAAGCUGGAGGUUCAGGCCACCGACCGCGAGGAGAAUAAACAGAUCGCUCUGGGCACGUCCAAGCUCAACUACCUGGACCCGCGCAUCUCAGUUGCCUGGUGUAAAAAGUGGGGCGUGGGCAUCGAAAAGAUCUACAACAAAACCCAGCGUGAGAAGUUCGCCUGGGCCAUCGACAUGGCCGACGAAGACUUUGAGUUUUAGAGCUCUGUGUGUGUUCCAGCCGUGUGUUGUUCCUUUUCUUGAAGAAGUGACGUUAAGGUUUAGCUUUUAAUGAAUUCACCAUGUGCGAGGAAGAGGGAGGAGGAGGAGGCUGUGGAGGUGAAGCCUGAGGAAAGAAACAGGACAUUCCCCAGCCAACGACAGAAGACCUGUUCCCCUGUGAACCAGGCAACUCAAACUCAAACAAUCCAGUAGCGCGAGUAGUUUUUUUUUGAUGAAAGUCCCGAGCAUUGAACCCUGCAGUACAACUACACCACCGCCGCCUCACACUAAUAACACGCACUUGCUUCACAGCGUUGCUUUGGGUUUUAGUGUCUUAGUACGGCCGUAGCCAUCGUCAGAGUUAUUGAUGAAUUCUAUAUUUUAAUAGAGGAGCGAUAAAGAGAAACCAGAGAGCUGUUUUAGAUCUACCCAAACCCCUCCCCUCCCCAAAACCCAACCCAACCCCCAUGAAAUCCCACCUGAACUAAGGAAAGCCAUGGGUGUAAGAAGAAUGGGUGUGAUUUUAUUACUGUUUUUAUGUUUAGUUCAAGUUCUAAAGUACAACUCAAGAUGUGGAAAUGAACCUGAAUGUGAAUAUUCUAAAAAAAAAAUUAAAAAAAAAAUAAAAAAAAAAAAAUAAUUUUAACUUUGUUUUUUGUUUUUUCCUUUUUAUUUUCGGUUCGUUUUUGUUUGUUUUGCCGUUUCUAUCAGGGAUGUACAUUUCAUUUUUAAGUAUAUGUGAAAAGAACAUCCUCCAUUGACUGAGAGUGUAACGCUGAAAGUGGUAACGCAGAUGCCGUAGUGGUUUGUUGUUUUUGUUUUUAUUUUAUUUUAUUUUUUUUGGUCGUAGGUCUGACCUUUUUUUGUAUUGUCCUCAUUUGAAUUCCUGUGCAAAAAUCUGUUUUUCUAUAGUUCAGUGCAACACCUCCAUCUUUUACUUGAACCAUGUCUGGAUACGACGCGCAGUCAGUCCCCGUUUAGACAUGAAGACCUGAUUUCUCCAGGCGGUGAUGGAUGAGUUAGUUUUAAGCGUAUGUGGGACGCGAUUUUGCCAAAUGAGAGAAGAAGAUGACAAACGAUGACGGUGUUUCACCGGAAAUGGAGAAAAUCAGGGUCUUGACCUCUUUGUAACGCUGUAAAGAACUAGGAACAACAAUGUCUUUGAUGAAAUGAACUUUUUUAAUGUGAAAUCCUGUGAGGGUCUGCACUUAUUUAUAGAUUUUAGGAAAUGUGCUACUUUAGGAAGCUAAUUUUGGCCUUUUUACCAUUUUAUCCACCUUUUAGCCUUAGCUCACCAUCAUGUUGUUUUUUUUUCUUUACCUUCCAUCAGUGUGUGUGGCUCAAUUUUAAACUGAUUUAAUCACGUCACGCCGCUCGUUGUCUUAUUCCGCUCCUGCUUUUAUCAUCCCGCGUUCUUUUCGUGCUUUUGUUCGUGUUUUCUGUUUAUAAAAUGUAAGUCAUGAACUUUGUAUUGCAAUAUUUCCUUUUUUUUUUUUUCUUUUUUUUUUUUUUGCUGGUGUUUGUCACUCUUCCAGUGUAUGAACAUGACCUGAUGAUGAUAAUGAUGAUUUUUUUUUUUUGCAGUACCAUUUUAACUCUAAUGCUGAUGUGUGUACCCAGUGAAUUCACACUUAUAGAAAGAGAAAAUCUCAUAAUAAACCAUCAAACAACCUUCA